CUUAAACCGGCGUAUUCCAAUCCCUGGUUCAUUUAAUCAUACUCUAAACCAAGACCCUCUGAUUAGUCGGGUCGGAUCUUCUUCUACACUAUUUAAAUAUCCGUUUACCGGGUCGGAUUUUUGAUCCAGACGGAGCAGACUCGAUCGGGGAACAAUUCUGGGUGUUGAGUUUGUGGAUCAUACGGAGAAGUAAUCGGCGGGAGAAGCUAUGUCGAGACUAUGGGCGAGAGUUGCCGGAUUGUUCAGUAGCAAGAGUUUCAUUGGAGUAGACAAGACUGGUAACAAGUACUUUUCCAGAAUGGAGGAGAUUGACGGAUUGGUGAAGGAGAAAAGAUGGGUUGUCUUUAGACGAGAGGAGGACCCAACCUCUAUUCCUGUUGAAUGGAUAUGUUGGCUGAAUGGGCAGCGGAAAAGGGCUCCUACUCCUGAGGAAAUGGUUGAACUUGAAGCAAGGCGUGAGCGUGUGAAGCUUAAUGUUGCUCUUCUCAAGAAAGAAGAGGAGGAGAAGAAAGCCAGAGAAGGCACGGGACGCAAAAUCACCAUUGGUAAAGUUGACGGUCCAGAUUUGACAAGCUUUGUUCGCCAAUUUCCACCGGAUUCAAAAGGUGGUGAACCAGAGGAAGCUAGUGAAGAAGCAGAUAAAUCAAGGGCCAAGGAACAUGAACCCGAGAUAGUUUCUGCAGAACCACCCGAACCAAAGACAACAGAGCCAUCAGGAUCUGGAUCAUCAUUUAGGCCUGGGACAUGGCAGCCACCAUCCUAAACACAUCAUUCUUCACGCAGAAAAAACAAUCAACAGAAUUUUCCGUCCAGUUAUUUUGUUUGUUGUACUCCACACAUACCGAUUGGUUUGAGCCUUACCGAUGAACCAUAAGACCAGAGAGCUUUUCAAGACCCUAAAUUUGUGGCCUUUCACGCUGUCAAUGAGGACUUAGAAGAGUCAAAAUGAGAAGCCAUCUUCUUAUGCUUUGUUUUGUUUAGGGUGUUUGUCUCUUGGCAUAAUGCUUGAGACUUUUAGCUUGCCUUGUCCUUCAUAGCUGAAGAAGAGCCUAGCAGCUACCCUUCGUUUUUCUUCGUUGACUUUAUCAUACAUUUUGAUUGGAAAAUAGUAUAGUAUUCAUUUUCAUGUCAUGGAAGUGGAUUUAAGAAAAAAAUAUAUAUAGAAUAAUUGUUUUAUGUUCA